AUGCGUCGUGUGGCUGUAUCGUACGGACCCGCCACCUUAGCCCCCCCCUCCCCCAAAGAAGCGCUGACGCGAGGCCUGGCGUGGUGGCGAGGCUUGCACAGGCUUCGAAGUGGUAGUAGUCCCGCAGCCCCACGCUGCGCGACCAGGGCAGUGGCGUCGGGCCUGCUGCCGGGCGCCUCCGCUGCGAGUCGUCUCUUGGCGUCCACCACGUCCUCCUCGGAUGGCCCCACCCACCGCAGCGGUGUGGCCGAGGGGGGAGGCGGGGGCCGCCUGCGUAGCGAAGAGUGGUUCGGGAAGCGCGACAAGGACGGGUUCAACCACCGCAGCUGGAUGAAGAACCAGGGAAUCCCGGAUGAUGUGUUCCACGGCCGCCCCGUGAUCGGGAUCUGCAACACGUGGUCGGAGCUGACGCCCUGCAAUGCGCACUUCCGCAAGAUCGCCGAGUGGGUGAAGCGCGGCGUGUGGGAGAUGGGCGGCUUCCCUCUCGAGUUCCCCGUCAUGUCCCUCGGGGAGACGCUGCUGCGCCCUACGGCCAUGCUCUACCGCAACCUGGUUUCCAUGGACGUCGAGGAGAGCAUCAGGGGCAAUCCGAUCGACGGCGUGGUGCUGCUGACCGGCUGCGACAAGACCACCCCGGCCCUCCUCAUGGGCGCCGCCAGCGUCGACGUGCCCAGCAUCGUGCUCCCCGGAGGGCCGAUGCUGAACGGCCGGUGGCGGGACCAGCAGAUUGGGUCGGGCACCCACGUGUGGAAGUUUGACGCCAUGGUGCGGGCCGGCGAGCUCUCCCUCCAGGACUUCAUGGAUGCCGAGUCGUGCAUGUCGCGUAGCGCGGGGCACUGCAUGACGAUGGGCACGGCCUCCACGAUGGCCAGCAUGGUCGAGGCCCUCGGCAUGACCCUCCCCGCGGCCGCCGCCAUCCCAGCCGUGGACGCCCGCCGCUACACCCUCGCCCACCUCACUGGGCGUCGGAUCGUGGAGAUGGUGAAGGAGAACCUGCGCCCGUCGGACAUCCUCACGAAGAAGGCCUUCGAGAACGCCAUCCGCGUCAACGGGGCCAUCGGCGGAUCCACCAACGCCGUGCUCCACCUGCUGUCCAUCUCCCGCCGCGUGCGCCCCAGGGACGGUGAGACGGAGAGCAGCGCAGUGGUGGCGCUCGACGACUGGGACAGGCUGGGGCGUGACGUGCCGUGCCUGGUCAACCUGCGCCCCUCGGGCCAGUACCUCAUGGAGGACUUCUACUACGCCGGUGGCCUGCCCGCCGUCAUCCACGAGCUCGCUUUCAAGGCCGAGGGGUUGAUCCAUCAGGACGCCAUGACGGUGAACGGGCGCACCAUGGGCGAGAACGUGAAGGAGGCCAAGUGCUGGAACCGGGAGGUCAUCACGCCCAUCGACCAGCCCUUCAAGCUGCAGGGCGGCAUCGCCGUCCUCCGCGGCAACCUCGCCCCCGACGGCGCCGUGCUCAAGCCCUCGGCCGCCUCUCCCCACCUCAUGAAGCACAAAGGCCCCGCGGUGGUGUUCAACUCGAUCGAGGACCUGAGGCGGAGGACGGACGACCCGGACCUGCCCUUCCAGCCCGACUCGGUGAUGGUGCUCCAGAACUGCGGGCCGCAGGGCUAUCCCGGCAUGGCCGAGGUGGGCAACAUGCCUCUCCCCAAGAAGCUCCUCGCCCAAGGGGUGACGGACAUGGUGCGGAUCUCCGAUGCGCGGAUGAGCGGUACGGCCUACGGUACGGUGGUCCUCCACACGGCGCCAGAGGCGGCCGUGGGCGGACCCCUCGCCCUCGUCCAGGACGGUGAUAUCAUCGAACUCGACGUCGAGCAGCGUCUCCUCCACCUCCACGUCUCCGACAAGGAGCUGGCGGCGCGCAAGGCCAAGUGGACGCCGCCGGCCAACCCGGAUGACCGCUCGCGCGGCUACACGAGCCUCUACGUCAAGCGCGUGCAGCAGGCCAACGAGGGAUGCGACUUUGACUUCCUGAGCGGAUGCAGCGGCGACUACGUACCCCGCGAGAACCACUGA